CAGGGGGGUUACCGACAUCCGGAGGACGAUGCUUGUUUGCCGCAGGCCCCUCCAUCGUGAAAUUGGAUACCGACUUGCGGCAGAUGGGGUGACCGAGCUUGCUGCUCCGCCGGGGAGGUCCCUUCCUUCGGACGGUGCCGGGGUGGGAGCUGCCUGUGCCCGGUUCUAAAGGAAGGAAGGAAGGAGUGGCAAGAGGGAAAAUGCAGACGGAGGAGGAGACGGCCACCGCUGAAGAGCCCAUUUUGGAGGAAGGGUCAGGACGAGAGCAGCAACGGCCACUCCAGCAGUCUCUGGCCUCCUCCCUGUGUCGGGAAUCCCAUUGGAAGUGCCUCCUCCUGACCCUCCUCAUGUACGGCUGCUUCGCCACGCUCGCCUGGUGCGCCGUCUGUCGUGUUCCUGUUCUUGGCUCCUCCUCCAUACCUAUCGGCGGUGACGACAAGGCCACGUCGCCGGCCGCGGCCUACUAUCAUGACAUCCCACACUUGGAGAGCCCGUGUUCCAGCGGCUAUGUCUACAUCCCCCUGGCCUUCCUGGCUAUGCUGUAUGUGGUUUACCUGGUGGAGUGUUGGCACUGCUUUUCUAAGACGGCAAUGUUGGCUCAUGCUGAAUUCCAGGAAGUGUAUGAGCGUGUGCAGAGACUUCAGCAGGCCACGCCCUGCAUUUGGUGGAAAGCCAUCAGCUAUCACUAUGUGAGGAGGACCAGACAGGUGACAAGAUACCGCAAUGGAGAUGCAUAUACCACCACACAGGUCUACCACGAGCGAGUGAACACUCAUGCCUCCAGUUCAGAGUUUGACUACGCCCGCUAUGGAGUCAAAGACGUCUCAAAGGAGCUGCUGGACCUGCAGCUGCACCCUGCUGUCCGACUCCGUUUCACCAAGUGUUUCAGCUUCUCCAGUGCACGUGCUGAAGCUGCCUACCUCACCCAGCGAGCACGCUUCUUCGGGGAGAAUGAGGGACUCGACGACUACAUGGAGGCCAGGGAGGGAAUGCACCUGAAGAACGUGGAUUUCCGAGAGCACAUCUUGGCCUUCCCGGACCCUACUAACCAGCCGUGGUUUUCUCGACACAGGGUCUUCUGGGUGGCUUCUGCUUUCCUCCUGUCGUGGCCGCUGCGGGUGGUGUCAGAAUACCGCACAGCAUAUGUCCACUACCACGUGGAGAAGCUGUUCGGGGAAGACGAGGACGGAGGCGGAGGUGGUGGUGGAGGGCCAGGUGGAGGCGGCAGGGUGGAUGGGGUUACAGGAGGGACUGAGAAUGGGAUCCACCCCGGAGGGAUUGGGAUUGGAAUCGGUCUAAACGGGACGAGUUACAGAGCUAUCUCUCGGGUCAACACAGUGGACAUGACAGAGUUGGAGUGGCACAUCCGCUGUAACCAACAGAUGGUCCCGAGCUACUCUGAAGCUCUUCUUAUGGACUUGGACAUAAGCGGGGGGACAAAUAAUACAGCCUCUACCCCGAUCUCCGGUCCUCCCUGCACCACCCCAAACCAGGGGAACAACCCGCCUCCUCUCGCUCUGCCUGUGGUGUUUAACUCGGCAUACCUCCUCCAGAGCUGCCCCAGAUGCAGGAGGACCACGUCCAGCUCCAGUCUUCCCUCCAGGCUACGGGCCCCAAUGGGAACAACUGCCCUCCUGAACGCUACAGUGGCAGGAAUCAGGAACGCAGGGCAGGGAGGUGGGGGCAUAGGAGGAAGGUUGGUGCUCAGUCGGAGCGGAUUCUCUUUAGGGAGACUCGGAGGAGGUCGCCAAAACAGCUUGUUGCACUCAAGAAGCAUGGGAGGAGGCCUGGGAGGAAGUAGAGAAGAUGGAGGUGGAAGUGGGGGAGGAGGAGGAGGAGGAGGAGGGGGCGGAGGUGGAGGAUUCCUCGGGUUAGGUUCAAGGCAGGACAAUGAGGAGACAAGAGGAGUGCUUGAAGGCGAAGGGGAUGAUGACGAGGAGCAGGAGGAGGAGGAGGAGGUGAGGAUGAGGGAAGAUGGGAAUAGAGAGAGGGACGAAGACGCAGAGCAAGAGAGCGGAGGAGGAAGCGAGGGGAGGGAGGGGAGCGGUGGAGGGAGGGAGCGUCCUCCAUCCUACCAGGACGCAUUCUUCUUCCCUGUCCUCAUUAUACACGGAGAAGAGAGCUGCCACGCUGGAGACGACAUGUGACGAUCAAAAAAAAAAAGAAAACGCAGUAAGAGAAAAGGAGUCUGGGCUGAGAGAAAGAACCCACUGAACGAAAAGAAACAAAGGAAAUAAGAUAUGAGAGAAGAAUGAUAUUGUAAAACAAUGACAGAGUAGGAAAAAGUCACAAGCACUGGAAGUAAAAACUGCUUUGUGGCAGAAAGUGUUACGAAGGGAGAGAAGGCAGGCAACACACUGACAUAAAAUGUGAGAUAGGAUGGAGACUGGAGUCGCAGUGAGGGCAAGAAAAUCCACACAAUGGUAGACUUUGCUGCACAGACAUUGACAGACAGAGACAGAGCGAGGGGGGGAGAGAUUGCACACUCCACAAAGGAUGAAAACUUGGGAAUGUCUAUUUCCAGAUAUAUCUAUGCAAGAACUGGAGUGGGAGGAGUACCAAGUCUAAAAAUAGCAGGUUGGCGAGUGAGUGGAGAGACUCCAAAAACUAGCUAAGUGGUGGCGGGUAUGUUUAAAAAAAAAAAAAAAAAAAAAGAGAGAGAGAGAGAGAAAGAAUCUGAAGUGGAGGAGUUGAAAAAGGCCUGAAGCUCCGGUUAUGCUGAAAUCAGGAUCCACAGAGGGGAACUAAAAAUAUUGCUCAAUUAAAGAAGGAGAUGCGGUAAAACAGAAAGACUCCCUAAAUAUUUCAGAUGACGGAGAGAACACAAGAGAUCGCAAAGCAAUGCAGAAGAGAAGUAGAUCGAGAAAAGCAAUGACAUGCCACUGACAGGGUACAACAUGUUGGAGGAUUAGAGUGAAGCAA